AUGGCUGCCAUCAUAAGUGUCGGUACACGUUCGCGUUAUAGACUGGCGCAAGAACGAGAAUUCCACAAAUAUAUUCCACACGAACAAUCCUCGUCGCGCUAUGCUCCAUUUGACCGUGCCAGUAGUGAUGGCUUUACUCCACAAGCCUCCUCGGACUCGGCCUUGACUUCUUACGCCCAGCUUGCUACAAAUCGACUGGGCGUUGAGCGAGCUUUUAUUUCUCUAUUUGACUCGACCCACCAACAUGUACUGGCGGAGGCCACUCCAAGCCUGAGUUUAAUUGGUGGUCGCAUGGCAAAUGAUACUGAGCGAUUAAUUUUGGGGAGCUGCAUAUUCCCGAAAGAGAGAGGGCUAUGUCAUUGUGUCGAGUCAACACCGCGCCGUCUCAGUGGGCACCAGGCUGGAGAUAUAGGCGACCAGGACAACGUCUUCAUUGCCCUGGAUAUGAAACACCAUGAGCGCUUCAACCCUUCAAACCUGCAGGCUGGGCUAUCGGAAAUUCGCUCUUUUAUCGCAGUUCCAAUAAUCAGUCCACGGGGAUACAAGAUUGGUGCUCUAACCGUAAUGGACAGCAAGGCAAGAUCAUCAGAACCCGAUCAACACUCUCGUCAGUUUUUGAAGGACAUGGCUGCGACUGUGAUGGAACACCUGUCAAUGAGAGAGGCGACAGUUAAAAACCACCGAGCAGAGCGCAUGAUUGUUGGGCUUGGUAGCUUUGUCGAAGGAAGAUCCACACUUCGCGACUCAUGGCCGGAGGCACAUGCUCAGCAAUCUGCAGCAGAAACCUCUGGGGAAUCUACAGAGGGUAAGCUGAACAUCGAGCAGCAGGAUUUACAAGAGCUUGCAAAGGAAACGGGCAGGAAAACUCUUGCAAUUCGACAACCAUCGCACAGAGCUCAUCGUCCUCGAGCCAGUAGUCCUAAAUCGGACAGCUCUGAUCAACCACCACCGGACCAAGCAAAAAAACAACAAAUACCCGGAAUAGAAUUCUCUCAAGAUAAGAACUCCGCGCGAGCUGUCCUAACAGGCAGUGGUCUAAACCAAGACACUUUCCCAUCCAGCAUAAGGAACGUUUUUUCACGUGCAGCAAAUCUACUGAGAGAGUCAAUUGGGGCGGAAGGGGUGAUGUUUCUUGAUGCAAAUUCCCAACGCUUCGGAGAUCUGGUUGAUGAAACCAAGCGAAGAGUGUCUGGCUCCGGUGGUUUCGAUGAUACCAAGUCAAGCGCCGAAGAUGACAGCACUGGCUCAGAAUCAUCGUCUCGUAGAUCUAUUUCCGACACCGACCAGGAUUCUGACAAUGGUAACCCGAGAGUGUCUGAAUGCCUAGGGUUUUCAAGCUCAAGGGUGUCGAGCAUUAAUGACGAGGCAAGAGCUGGGCGCGCAGUCACGGUACCAGAGCCGCUCUUUAGCUCUCUAAUUAACCGCUACCCUCAAGGGAAAAUAUUUACAUACAAUUCAGAUGGCUCGGUCUCUGAGGACAGUGACCUUCGAGCCCAGAAAGAGUCAAGAUCUGAUAACACUACCAUGCCUCAUGAGAAAGAACGUCGCUCGUCCAGCAAACGCAGACGCAAACCAGCUUUCCAGCGGCAUGCUGAUGACUUGAUCAAAAUAUUUUCCGGCGCCAGAAACGUCCUCGUCUUACCAAUUUGGGACUCAGAUCGAAAAAGAUGGUUUGCGGGAGCAUUGAUCUGGACAAAUGAGCCGCACCGAGUCUUCACAUUGGAAAAUGAACUUGUCUAUACAUCUGCCUUCGCAAACAGUAUAAUGGCGGAAAUUCGGCGCAUUGAUGUUGAGGUAGCGGAGAGGGCAAAGAGCAACCUUGUCAGUAGCAUUACGCACGAACUCCGAAAUCCACUGCACGGAAUCCUGGGCACGGCCGAUAUUCUGAGUGACACAGCCAUGAAUGCACUCCAGCAUGGGAUGGUUCAUACAGUCGAGUCGUGUGGUCGUACUCUGCUGGAUACUAUCAACAGCCUGCUUGAUCUGACAUUCAUCGAUCAAUACAGGAAAGGUGAUACUAUUCAAAAUGGAAAGCGCAGAAAGAAAUCAAACCCACACCGGAAUAUACCCCUUGGUCAGAACCCAUCAAUUUCUCAUGUUGAGCUGGAUGCUGUUCUUGAGGAAGUUACCGACUGUGUGUUUGCUGGUCACUGUUUCUAUAAUCAUCCACAGGCGCCUCCUCCGGCUCUUACAGAGUCUUCCUCGCGAUCCGCCGGCCAGACUAAGCAAGCAGAUCCUGUUGGCCCCCGAGCUAGUCAGGUCACGGUCAUUUUUGACAUUGACUCAAGCACAGAAUGGGAUUUCGAGACUCAUGCUGGUGCCUGGAGACGUAUUCUUAUGAACGUCUUUGGCAACGCACUAAAGUAUACCUCUUCUGGUUAUAUCUACCUUGGGUUGAAAACAUCUUCAAUCUCUAGCUCCGAGUCAACACCAAAGAAGUCUCCUAGCAAGCAAACGCAGGGGUUCUCUGUCACUAUCACCGUGAAAGAUACUGGAAAGGGCAUUGGGCCGAAGUUCCUACAAAACGACCUGUUCAGCCCUUUUAAGCAGGAGGAUCCUCUUGCAUCAGGCAGUGGGUUAGGGCUGAGUAUUGUACGCCAGGCUGUCAGUCUUCUCGGAGGCUCUAUCGAAAUUGAAUCGACUCUGGGGCAGGGCACUCAAAUUUCAAUUCACGCACCACUCGUAAAGUCAAUUACAACUUCAGAUUCGUCAUCAUCGAGAUCCAUCUCCUCCCUGAAAGCCCAAACCGAAGGACACACAAUGGGAAUCCUAGGAUUCGGACAGUCCUUCCGGUCUCAACGUGACACAGCACUGUAUUCGUCAUUAGAACGAAUGUGCCGCGAAUGGUUUGGUUUUGAAGUGACCAAUAUCUCACCAUCGGAGGGAGAAAGCUUUGAUUUUGACUUCUUCUUAGCUGUGCAGACAGAAUUGGAUUGCGAGGAUGUUGGAGGAAGGGACAUAUUCGGUCUUGCCCGUCGUUUGGGUUUUGGAGACUCUCAUAAUUCCCCAGUCAUCGUCAUCUGCCAGUCGCCAGAGGAAGCUCAUCGCAUGUAUGUUGCUUCCAAAAACCGAAGUGAAGCAACAUUCUUUGAGUUUGUGAGCCAGCCUUGUGGGCCGAGAAAGCUGGGUCGGGCCAUGAAUAUGUGCAUCAAACGACAACGGGAACAUGAACAAGGACGAGAUGAAAGUCACGAGCCAACUCUCUGGGUAGAGGUGCCUAAAUCCUCUCAUCUUCCAGUAGACAUCGAUGCCAGCGAUUCUCCACAAGAACGGAUGAAAAUUAGCAAGCGGCCAACCACAGAAACAAUGAGCAAACAGGAGAAUGGGCGCUCUGGUCGAGGCCCAGAAAGUCCAAAGGCUGAUCCAAAACAACCCUCUCUGUCAGAACUCCCUCUAAACGGCGAGGAAGGAACACCGAGCAACGACACACAGGAUACCAAAGAACGGAAUAUCUUGCUAGUUGAUGACAAUAAUGUCAAUCUUCAGCUGCUUUGUGCCUAUGCUCAAAAAGAUGGAAUUGCCUACAAGUCGGCUCAGGAUGGCGCUCAGGCAGUUGACCUAUUUAAGGCCGAUCCUGGAUCAUUCCAGGCCAUCGUAAUUGAUAUCUCAAUGCCCGUAAUGGAUGGCUUCCAAGCAUCACGGGAAAUUAGACGUAUAGAAAAGGAGUUUCGUGCCGGUUUGUCCGAAUCAGCUCAAAACGCGCUUCCACCCACAAUCAUCGCUGCAUUAACUGGGCUUGAUAGCUCCGGUGCUCAGAAGGAGGCUCUGGGGUCCGGCAUUAACACUUUCCUGGUCAAGCCCCUUAAGCGAAAGGAUUUCCAAGCUUUCCUGCGCCGGCAAGCUUAG